UGGAAGCCAUUUUUCACGAGCCGACCCGUUCUGCGUCUGCUCUCCGCCGGGCUGUUCAUGCUGAGGACUUUGUGCAGGCCCAGUGUACCCUUCCUGACGCUCUCUCGGCGAAAAUCCGCCAUACUUCGUACCAGCUGGCGACGAUGGCUCUGGCCCAGGAGGAGAAAGUCGCGGAGAUGUAUCGCCAGACACUGGACGCAAGGGAAAAAUAUGUCCUCGCUCAGAACCAACUGCAUGAGACCGAGCUCCGCGAGCAAGCUUUGAAGGCAGAGAUCGAUCGCCUUCGUAGGGAGGAAAUUCCUGCCCGAGAAGCUACUGCUGCUGCUUCUGCUUCCCGAACUGCAGUGAAGAAAUACAAGGACUCCAAUCAAUUUGUUAUCGACACCUCUAAAGCUUACCGAGUUGGAUUCAGGAGGUGUCGUGAUCAAGUGAGGACUAAACAUCCCGAGAUCCCUCUUGAUGGUGUAAGCUCUCAUGGCUAUGGCGAGGAGAGCCCCGAGUCUGCGGAGGAUCUGGAAGAGGAUGAAGAAGGGGAGGAGGAGGAGGAAGCUGGAGAAGGGAGCAAAGCAAAUUAGUUUGUAGGAACAGAAUAUGUAUUUUGAAUUUUUCAUCCUUUAUUGAUGUAGUGCAACUUUUGUAAGCGGCACUUUUAUUACAGCGCUGCAAGAAGCGGUUUUUUUUUUUUUAAGAAUAGUAUUUCUUUAA